AUGAAGACAAAGACACGAAGAGUCCUCUUCAAAACGCCGACCACGGCGAACAUCCAGACCUCCGUCUGCACCAAGCCAAAGGCCAAGGCAAAAGCUACGGCCGGUGUUCCCAACCUCGAACCCGAUGAGGUCGCCGAAAAUCGUCGCAACGACAUCUUCGACCGUGGUGACACCAGACCACGUGCGUUGAGCUCCUGGGAAUGCGCGAGGACCAUCUUCUGCUGGGUGGAGAGCCUUGCUGGGAUGGCGGCUUCUGCUUUCCGAAAGGAUGUCAAGUCCGACUUUAGCCGCCUACGGGCCGAUCAUGCAGACAGCCGCAAGUCAGUCGUUGUUCUGAACGAGGGCAAGAUGUCUGAGAUGCGCGGGCCCUCGGGGCCCUUGGGGCACUUGGAGUGUUCCUGGCGAGGAGGCCCUCCACCACCCGUUGGAGCCGCAUACACCGCUGGCAUCAGCAGCUUGGGUCGCAGGUCAUGCUGGGAUGAGGCGCUCGGCAUGCUACUUCGUAUGCCUGUCAAUGCAUUACAGACGACAUCGAUUACACGAAAUGCAGCAGCGGAUGCGUGCGCCAGGUCACACAGGUGGCAACAUGGAGUCGACCUUCUGAGAGGUUAUGCAGACGCAGGUUUACAACACGACGUUUUUGCGUGGACUGCAACCAUCAGUGCCUUUGGCAGACACCGCAAGUGGAAGGAGGCCGUAUUAUUGUUGGUGGAAGCCGCUUCCUGGAACCUAAGACCAACCGCGGUGACCAUUGCCGCUGCUGCUGCAGCAUUGGACAGAGGCUCCCAGGCAGAGGCACUUCGUCUUGGAGCAGGAUCCUGCUGGGCAAUUGCUCUGCAAUUGCUGCACACACCCUGCCGCUGGCAACCCAGCGUCGAAGGUGCCAAUGCCGGCAUCAGCGCUUCCAGCCGUAUGGGCUUCUGGCGCACGGCGUCAACCGUGCUCCUUGUAUUGAAGCAGCGGACGCACAGGCCCAGCGAGGUGUCUUCCAAUGCAGCGGCCCACGCAAACACAGGGACGGGCAAUUGGAUUCAAGUCGUGACGUUGAUGAGCAGUCUUUCAGAGUCAUUGCUGCAGCCGAAUGUGGUCAGCCUCGUUACCCUGUUGACCGGCAUGGCCAGAGCGGCGAGUUGGAGAAGGGCAUUGGCAGCAGCGGAAACUUUGGCAACCCGCGGCCUUCCAGCCAAUGAAGAGGCACACAACACGCUGCUUCUUGCGGUCAGUCGAGGAUCGAACUGGGCUUUGGCUUUCUCUCAUUGGACUGCAUUCUGCACUGAUGUGGUCGGGACGAGUGCUACCAUGUCUGGAUUUGCCACGAGUGGAUUUUGGGAAGCGGCCCUCAAGUUACUAUGUGCAGCGAACGAAAGGAGACUCGAGGUCGACGACUUCGUCUUGAGCUCUGCGAACUGUGCUCUUUCCUCUACCGCACGCUGGGAGUGGGCGCUGCGGCUUUUGCUUGCUGGCUCGUCCGCUGGAUUCAGGGACAUGAAGCUGGACCUGGAGGCGACAGCCUGUGGGGCAUCUGCGAUGGCGUUGCAACGAAGCAGUAGCUGGGAAGAGGCAAUCGGUCUCUUAAGCAAGUUGCAGCAUUGCAGCCAGGGUUUGACUUUGGCCACCUACACAACAAUUGCGGAUGCUUGCAGCAGCAGAGAGAAGUGGAAACAGGCCCUGCAGAUGUUGAAGGUUCUGAGCUCCUCACAAGCACAGGCUGACGUAGUUUCGCUCGGACCAGCUCUUGAAGCGUCUGGAGUCGGGGUUCGCUGGCAGCUUGCUUUGCAACUACUUCAGCAGGCUUGCCUGACAAACAUCGUGAUCAGUAAGAUUGCCCGAACCAUGGCUGUCACUGCGAUUGGACAGGCCUCCAAUCGCUGGAAAUGGGCGCUGCUGCUGUUGCAAGCACCUCUAGGUCCCGGCGUGCAGGCGGACACCGUAGCACGGAAUGCAGUGGUCUCAUCGCUAAGCUCCGGCAAGUGCUGGGUGGGAGCGACCCAGCUUCUAGACGAAGUGGCACAGGGUGCAGAGGCUGGCCUUCUGCCGAUCGGGUCAUUGCCGGGCUUUGCCGCCGCGAUAGCCGCAUGCACUGAGCAGGAGCGAUGGAACCAGGCACUUGGUCUUCUGGAUGGUCUGACAAGCGGUGGACUGCUACCUGAUGUCGUAAGCUGUGGUUUGCUCCUGAUGGAGUGCGAGCAGCAAGGCCUGAGAGCACGGGAGGCAGAGCUGUUGAGUCGACUGGCCGAUGACUUGCAGGUCUUCGAUGAGUCAGCAUUCGCAACCGCAGACAGAAAAGCUUGCCUCGCAUGCCCAUCAAGCGUUUCAGCGUUUCAAUGA